AAACAGUACAGUGUGACUUAUCUUGAGUUUAAAUAUAAAACAUUCGGCAGCCAUUUUUCUUCAGCGUGGCAGACGACAGAGCAGGAGAAGAAAUUCGACUGACAAAAUGAACAGUUUGGUGUUACCAUUGUGCCUUUUGGCUUUAUUCGGCUUUUCUCAGGGAGAGUUAUUGGUAACUAAGAAGGUGUAUUUUGAUAUUAAAAUUGGAAAUGAACCAAUCGGAAGAAUUGUCAUGGGGUUGUUCGGAAAUGUUGUUCCUAGGACAACGGAGAAUUUCUACCAGCUGUGUACAGGACAGAAUGGUUAUGGGUACACUGGCAGCAAAUUCCAUAGAGUUAUUCCAAAAUUCAUGAUUCAAGGAGGUGAUUUCACUAAAGGCGAUGGUACUGGUGGAAAGAGUAUUUAUGGAGCUAAGUUUGCAGAUGAAAAUUUCCAGUUGGAACAUUACGGAGCAGGCUGGUUGAGUAUGGCUAAUGCAGGUCAGGAUGCAAAUGAAUCUCAAUUUUUCGUGACGACCGUAAAAUGUCCCUGGUUAGAUGGCAGACAUGUUGUAUUUGGCAAGGUUUUAGAAGGGAUGGAUAUCGUCAAACAUAUUGAACAAAUGCCAACCGAUUCCACUGAUAGACCAAUCGAAGAUGUCGUUAUUUCUGAAAGUGGCGCCAUCGAAUUGGAUACACCGUUCGCUGUAGAUAAGACUGGUGUCGGGGCUGAUGAAGAAGAAGAGUAAGACUUCUCUGCCUCCAUCCAAACUGAUCCUUGUCAAGUCCAAAACUUGCUGACUCUUAUCUGGCUUUUGCCAUCCACAUUUCAGAAGAUCCCAGUGUAAUAGGCCUUGUAUUUCUCUUUUGUCUAUCAGGGCGUUGAGAGUCAGCAAGAUUUGGACUUGCCUCAAUAUUGUGUUCAUAUAUUAGUCCCAAAUAUCAAUAAAAUUUUCUUUCUACCAUAACUUUUGGAAAAGAAAUCAUAACCUAACAGAUUUUGAGAUUUUCUAAGGCAUAAUAGAAGAUGUUAUAUUUUUGUAUCUAAAUUUAUCAUUAUUUACAUUAAACUGUUGAAAAAUC